ACUGAGACUCCGACGCGCCACCCAAGAAGCGACUGAAGCUGCCGGGCGGGGCCGAGGGCGGCGGCGUCAAGCUGGAGGAGCGGCUCUACUCGGUGCUGUGCUGCACGGUGUGCCUCGACCUGCCCAAGGCCUCCGUUUACCAGUGUACAAACGGGCACUUGAUGUGCGCUGGGUGUUUCAUCCACCUGCUGGCAGAUGCGCGGCUGAAGGAGGAACAGGCCACAUGUCCCAACUGCCGCUGUGAGAUCAGCAAGAGCCUAUGCUGCCGAAAUCUCGCCGUCGAGAAAGCGGUGAGCGAGCUGCCGUCGGAAUGUGGCUUCUGCAUGCGGCAGUUUCCUCGCUCUCUUCUGGAGAGACACCAGAAAGAAGAAUGCCAGGACAGGGUGUCUCGGUGCAAGUACAAGCGGAUUGGGUGCCCGUGGCAAGGUCCUUACCAUGAGCUCACUGUGCAUGAGGCAGAGUGCACACACCCGACAAAGACCGGGAACGAGCUGAUGGAGAUCCUGGAUGAAAUGGACCAAACACACAAAAAGGAGAUGCAGCUUUACAACAGCAUCUUUGGCUUACUCAGCUUUGAAAAGAUUGGCUAUACAGAGGUUCAGUUCCGUCCUUACCGAACGGAUGACUUCAUCACGCGCCUCUACUACGAAACGCCGAGGUUCACGGUGCUGAACCAGACGUGGGUAUUGAAAGCCCGGGUCAACGACUCGGAGCGCAACCCCAACCUGUCCUGUAAGCGGACCCUCUCCUUCCAGCUCAUCCUCAAGAGCAAGAUCAACUCCCCAAUGGAGUGCUCAUUCCUGCUGCUCAAGGGACCGUACGACGAUGUGAAGAUCAACCCCGUGAUCUAUCACUUUGUCUUUACCAACGAGAACAACGAGACAGACUAUGUCCCGCUCCCCAUCAUAGACUCUGUGGAAUGUAACAAAUUGCUGGCAGCCAAGAACAUCAACUUGCGUCUCUUUAUAUUCCAGAUACAGAAGUAAGCAUUAAGUGAAGCUUGGCUUUUGCAGGCGUGACCGAGAGAGGGAGAGAGAAGGAGAGAGCACCACUGAACCAGAGUUACCUCGUAUGGCUGCCUCGUCCCCCUUAUGAUUCCACAGUUACCUGAUUAUUUUAAAGAGAACAUUUUGCAUGUGUGAUAGAAAACAGCUUAGAGCGGCCGUUGCCUUCCUCGUCUCUCUCCAUCUCUGCCAGGAAUGGGGGACUGGGGAGUCGACUUGAGGCAGGGCACUGGUGGAACCUGAGAGCGGAAAGAGGGCGGGUGGCCACCACCAGUCUCAAUACAUUGUGAAAAGGCUGCAUCUGUGUCAUGGUUGUGUGUGAUCGCCGCACUGUUGCGUGGAGGCGCCUGGGGGCAGGGUCCUUUGCGUCCCCCUCGCCUCACGGGUGGCAAGCAUUGUGCUCUGUCGGGAAGCGGUGGGUCCUGUCCUCCUCGUUACUGGAAUGAAAGAAAUAGGGGAUUCUCAAGCAGGCAAGACGACUUCAAAGGGACCCUGGCAAGGGGAUUUUGCUGGGCUGCUGCUAACUAAGCUGAAAUGCCACAUUCCAAGGGGAGCAUGUUCUGGGGAGAGGUGCUUUAAGUCAGGAAAGAGCAGCCGAGCGCCUGACUCUCCCAUUUGUGACUCGCGAGUCCAGUUCGUCCCUCCCCCCCGCUCUCUGCUGUGGCUGAGUUGGGGAAGGGCAUAGAAGUGUUUGAAACGAAGUCAGGAUGGUAGGAAGUGAGUGGCAGCGUCUGGAUCCUAAGACCACCCGCACAGUGGCUGGAAUUGCCCUUCACAGCGACAUAAUCCAGAGGUCCCUUUCCGUACUUCCCAGCAUUGCCCUGUUGCUCCUCUUCUUUCCGCCCUGCUCCAGAGCAGGCUCGAUCCCACGGACCGGGUAAGAACUCGCAGAGAACCAGCUCUCAAUCAGUGCAGACUUCUCGGAAUGCAGGGUGAUGUACUCAGUCUGUUUUGGGGAUUUUCCCAGUGCUUUGGUUUUCUUUCCCCUUGUGCAAAUGAAUUAACAGGCUCUUCUAGUAAUUAUGCAAUUUUACAAUGUGAUUUUAUGUAUGUAAAAUAAAUAUAUAGCAAGUUUAUGGAUGAGGAUACUGGAGCCGUUCACCAAAUUUCAAUGAGAUCUACAGGGAUAUUUUGCUUGAUGUUCUUAAGCGUAUUUUAAAGUAGGGUAGGGGGAGUUGGUGGUGGAUGAAGACGAGAUGUAUCAUGAGGAGCUCAUGCGUUAAUACUGUUGCGUUCAAGAUUAUUUUCUUUUUCUUCACGUUUCCUGCCCCGCUUUUUUUCAAGGAAGCUACAUUUGGUGGCAACUUACAUUUUAUAUGGACUAAUUGGAUCAGGUAUGUUUUGUAAAAUGUGUAAAAAUCUGUGGCAGGUGCUUUCCUCCCCGGGACUUGUGCUGUUAAAAGGUAGCAAAAGUUUCUGCUGGCAGCUUCCACGCCCCCCCCCCCCCCCCCGGCUUUCCCAUCAGUCUUCUGAUUAUAACAAGAGAUGGUCAGCAUAUUACAGCUUUUGUAGAAACCUGAGUGUGGGUCUGGUGGCCCUGGGGUAGACAGUCCUGUGCAGCUGCGACCCACCAGGCCGCCCCCCAGCCCUGUGAUGUGCCCGACACGCCUCUUGGCAGCAGAAGCAACUCUCGGGCUCCAGCCUGGAGGCCUGGCAUGCAGGAACGCCUUGGUGCUUCUCUGCGAUGCCAUUACAGCCGAGAGUCAGCAAGCUGCUUCACAGGCAUUGGGAUGCUCUCCUGGCUUUGUGGAGGAAUGACUUGCACGGCUGUCCUUCCCCCUUCGCAGGUGUAGCACUUGGUUGCAGCAGCUUCUGGAUGGAGCUUCUGCCCUCAGUGGGAUCUGUGGGUUGGAAAGCUGGGGAUGUCCUACACGCAGCUGGUUCCUUGCACAUCAGUGAUGGCUGACUUGAUUAGGGUUUAUUAUUGGAUCAGGGUAGUCAGUGCCCCAACUACGUGCAUUUCUAGAACCUCCUGCCCGAAGGUUUCUAAUCACAACGGCUCUGAAUAACUACCUCUCAGUCUCUCUGAAACCGGCUCCGUGCUGCUUUCAUAGGACUUUUUCUAAGAGGCGCUUCCUGAGAACUGGCAGCCUGCAAGAAGGGCCUGCGAAGGACAUGCCCUUGCCUGAGAUGGACUAGAGCACGAAUAUACCUGGCUGGAAGCUGCACUGUAUUUGAAAUCCGGAUAGGGUCCCUGGGCUGAAGCACAUCCGAGGUGCGUGGGGAAGAUCCCACCCUUGCCCGUGACAAAGGGGUGCCUGAGGGUACCCCACGCUCCCUGUCCCACGCGUGAACAGCAGGUCCUCUUGGAAAAUUGCACCAGCAGAACAUCUCCUGCAGAAGGAGCCAACUUCUGCAUCAACGGAAAGGUCUGGGGUGAAACUGUUCCCAAGACCGGCCAGCGUCAGCCGUCCUUUUGAGUAAAAGAUCGAGUGGAGGACUUCAGGGGAAGGAAACCAGCCAGCAGGUCUUUCUCUUUCUGUGGCCAGACUCGGGAAGGCAGCAGGAAAAGUCACCUAGUACCAGCUGAAAAAGCAGUCAGCGCUGCUUUGGGGAAAGGCGUCCUGCCGAUGCCCCACUGCGAGAGAGGUAUCUGGAGCCCUGUGCCACCCUGCCACUGGGCACUCAGUCGUGCAGCCUGUGCACACGAGCAUGUUUUGCAGUGGCUCUUGCCACGGAUACUGCCGUGGCGUUGAAAACCAUCGCCAUGGUUAAGGGUAGGUGUUUAUUGCCCAGCAGGCGCUGGCGAUUUGCAUGGUCCUGUCUUCAUGCUGAGGCGGUUUCUUGAGCUUAAGAGACGCUGGCACUGCUGCCGGCAGGCCUGUAGGCCCCUAUUAAGAAGAUGGAAGCAAGGAGGGGACGUGGGAGGAAAAGAUGACAGAUGAGCAGCUAAGAGCCUUCCCCAAAAGCUGGAGAAUCUGGAAAAAUACCAAUGGAAAAAGGGGUUCAUGGCACCUAUUUUGGCUGUGCAAAGGAAAUACGGAGUGUUCUUUGGGUUUCAAAACACGGUGCAUGAGAAUGGAGCUCCUCCUCCCUUUAUCUUAGGAUUCUAGUGGAGAACACCAGUCAGUAUUUCAAAAGCACUUGGUUCUAAGGACUGGGCAGAGUCGUUCAUGGAGAUGCCAGUGUGUGCAGGCUUUCUUUUGGCCGGGUCAUGCGAAGGGUUGGGAAAGUGAAUUGCUCGGCAGCAACCUGGCCAAGUCCGUAGUUGUGGGUGGGCACCCCGAAGGAGGCGCGCAGCUGUAGCCCUGGCGAGCCAGCGCAGAAGUGUGCCCAACGGCUUCGUCCAAGAGCGCGAGCCAGUGCAGAAGUGUGCCCAACGGCUUCGUCCAAGAGCGCUUAAACCAGAACCUUAAACCAGCGCUUAAACCAGAACGGCUUAAACCAGAACCUCCUGCACAUCUGGCAGGAGACGUGGUUGGCGGCGGGUGCUGAGCGCGGACCGUGUUGUGCAGCGGCUUUCAGAGCGGUGCAAUUGCACCUGGACGCCCGACACCACGCUGAGGCCUCCUGGCCAGUGGGCACAUUUUCAGACAGGGAGGUAACGUCGUGUAGGUUUUCCCAUCCAGACACCAUUGGAUUAUAUGUCUCUGCGAUACAUCUCGCCCUCGGCUUCCAAAAACAAGCCUGCAGCCACCUAAGUUCCCGCCUGCUUGAUUUCUUUGCAGGCAGCUUUGGUGGCUGAUGAUCGCAGCACAGCCAGGGUGUCUCUUGUCAAGAACUAGCUUGGAAGCGAUGAAUCGGGGCAGUUUGCAGUCUGACUUCCUUUCUUUCUGUGCAUGAAAGGAAGAAGACUUCCAUGUGUUGUUGUCGGGCUCAGAGACAGGACUGAAUUUCUUGGAAAACUCCUAACUCUCCAGGGCCAGUGUGUGUGGGAGACCUAACGGCAGUGGCAAAUGGGGUGGACUGUUCCUGCCCCACGCGGCUGACCCUUAGGGCCGAUCUGAGUGUGCCAGUGCUUAGCACCCUCAAGGCCAAGCCCCCGUGAAGUUGCCCACAGGACUCUGCCCAGUUCUGGUGCUGCAGGCCUGAAGAGAAGGCUGGGAGCGCUCACACAGUGGCAGGUGACACCUGGGAAGGUGAGCACAGGCACCGCCCGGGGGCGACCACGCAACAGCAGCCGAGGAGGACUUGCUGCUUCUUGCCGGGAGCCGCCUGGGUGACGGGGCUGCCGUGGGCACACCUGCUGGCUGGCCGGGCUCACCACUGCCAGCACCGUUGCUUCCCUGCUUCCCUCCUCGUUCUUCCUCCGCACCACCUCCCUCUCAUGGGCUGCCCUGUCCUCACCACGGGACUCUGUCCGAUGUCUACUCGGUAGCUGAGCCUUACCUGUCCAGCCCUGUGCUGGACACCUGAAGAUUGUAGCAUGCUUCUUCAUGCCGGGACCUGAUGGGCUGGCAGACCACAAACCUCCUUGCAGUAUUCACUGUGGGUAAUUUAUUUAACUAGCGAAUGUAGAGUUUAAAAUAAUUUUAAGAAGCUAAUGGGUUGUUUGCAAGGUUGUAUGUCCUUUGUACUUGGCCUGAUUUCCAUUAUUUGUGUUCCUGUUACUUUUUCGUUGUUGUGGAGAGAGGGGUUCCCCGUUGGACCUGGGCGCCAGCGGACGGAGGAGCGAGCAGGGAGGGGCUGGGUGCCAGUCGCCAGGAUCUCUCAUCCGGUGGGGCUGCUGCCUGUGCCGCCACCCCCACAGCCUGGCCAGGGAGACGUGGGGCGGCAGCAGCAGCAGCGCGUGCGUCCGCAGGGCGGCAGCCGCUGCUCCUGCCCCACAGGGCGUCUUCCCCGUUAUCGUGAGCACUGCGCAUAUACCUAAAUGGCUUUUCAAAUGAGGAAUGGUUUUAAUGUCGUCGGGAAUGAUUUCUUUUGUUCUGUUGUGGUCUGCGUUUGUUUGAAGUUUCUGUAUGUAACGUAGUUUAAAAAAAUAUUGCCAAACUA